CAGCAUCGCAAUGACCCAUUGACAUUCUUCCUGUGACGUCUACAAUGACACGUGUAUUCAAGAUGGCGGCGGCGAUGCCGAUGGCGAUUUGGGCACUUCUACUGGUGUCCUUGCUGCCUUCAGCAACACCCUUUUAUGUACCAGGUGUUGCACCCAUGAAUUUCCUUCAGAACAGCCAAGUUGAAAUAAAGGCUGUGAAACUGACAAGCUCCAGAACCCAGCUGCCCUAUGAAUACUAUUCACUUCCAUUCUGUAAGCCUGACAAGAUCUUCUACAAAGCAGAAAAUCUUGGUGAGGUUUUGCGAGGAGACCGUAUCGUCAACACGCUCUACACGGUUUUUAUGAACAGUGACAAGAAGUGUGAGGUGUUGUGUAAAAAGCCAGAAGAUCCUGUCAAACUCACCAAAGUUGAGAGCAAGCUGCUGGCUGAGCGCAUCCAGGAAGAAUACUACGUUCAUCUCAUUGCAGAUAAUCUCCCUGUGGCUACUCGUCUGGAGUUUUACCCAAGCAAAGAUGAAGGAAUGGAUGAGGAACAGAAGAAGGACUCGACGAGAGACAUUCAGUUCGAGCACGGCUACAGAAUAGGCUUCACUGAAAACAACAAGUUCUAUUUACACAACCAUCUGUCAUUCAUCCUGUACUACCACAAAGAAAAGGUGGAGGAGGGUGAAGAACACAAUUAUCGGGUUGUACGUUUUGAAGUGAUGCCAAAAAGUGUAAAAUUGGACGACAUAAAAGCAGAUGACAAAGGUAAAUGCACAUUACCAGAAACCGUCGCCCCUGUCCCUCAGGAGAUCGACCCAACUAAAGAGAACAGCAUCCUUUUUACAUACUCUGUGCGCUGGGAGGAAAGUGAGAUAAAAUGGGCGUCUCGCUGGGACACAUAUCUUACCAUGAGCGACGUGCAGAUCCAUUGGUUCUCCAUCGUCAACUCUGUAGUUGUGGUGUUCUUUCUGUCAGGUAUCUUAAGUAUGAUCAUCAUCAGAACUCUGAGGAAGGACAUUGCUAACUACAACAGAGAAGAUGACAUCGAGGACACAAUGGAAGAAUCUGGUUGGAAGAACGUCCACGGUGAUGUCUUCCGCCCACCUCAGUAUCCCAUGAUUCUUAGCUCUCUGCUAGGCUCUGGUAUCCAGCUGUUCUGUAUGAUUCUCAUUGUGAUCUUUGUGGCUAUGCUGGGUAUGUUGUCUCCAUCCAGUCGAGGAGCUCUGAUGACGACAGCCUGCUUCCUUUUCAUGUUCAUGGGUUUGUUUGGAGGAUACUUCGCUGGUCGACUCUACCGCACUCUUAAAGGCCACAAAUGGAGGAAAGGAGCUUUUUGUACUACAACGUUGUACCCGGCUGUUGUCUUUGGCAUCUGUUUUGUGUUGAACUGUUUUAUCUGGGGAGAACAUUCGUCUGGUGCUGUUCCCUUCACUACAAUGCUGGCUCUCUUGUGCAUGUGGUUUGGUAUUUCUAUGCCACUCGUGUACCUGGGAUACUAUUUUGGUUUCCGGAAACAGCCUUAUGACAAUCCGGUUCGGACCAAUCAGAUCCCCCGACAGGUCCCUGAGCAGCGCUGGUACAUGAACAAGUUUGUCGGCAUCCUAAUGGCUGGAAUUCUGCCGUUUGGUGCCAUGUUCAUCGAGCUCUUUUUCAUCUUUAGUGCUAUUUGGGAAAACCAGUUUUACUACCUGUUUGGCUUCCUCUUCCUCGUCUUCAUCAUUCUUGUGGUUUCCUGUUCUCAGAUCAGCAUUGUCAUGGUGUAUUUCCAACUAUGUGCAGAGGACUAUCGGUGGUGGUGGAGGACGUUUCUGGUAUCUGGAGGCUCUGCCUUUUAUGUGCUAGUCUAUGCUGUUUUCUAUUUUGUCAACAAGCUUGACAUUGUGGAGUUUAUUCCUUCUUUGCUGUAUUUUGGCUACAUUGCCCUGAUGGUUUUGUCUUUCUGGCUGCUCACCGGGACGAUCGGUUUUUACGCCGCAUACGUGUUCAUACGGAAAAUUUACGCCGCGGUCAAAAUCGACUGAAAUAUCUCCCUUUGGUUUUUGUUUACGAUUCUUUAUUGUUUUGGUUUUGUGAAGCAAGCACUGAUGUGUGUGUUCAUCGCUGACGUGUAAGGCGUAGCAGCGCCUCCCUGUGGAUCAGAGGAACGAACAGAGAUACCUUUUCUGUCCUGCUGUCUCUGUCUCUGCAGAGAUCCUGGGAAACAUCACGAACAGUUCAACUUUUAACGCCUGUAUAUCUUUUUGCUCGCUCACACACAACAUGGGCCAAAGUGUGUCUAUUGACUUUUUCCUUGUUUUUGGGUGGGGAUGUUGGACUUUUUGGGCUUUUGAAGAGAUUAUGGGUUAGUUGCAUAUAAUAUCAUUUUACAAAUAACUAUGUCCUCUUUUAAUAUAACGUUUAAUUUGAAUCUGUUGUCUUGGAUUUGAUUUAAAAUGAUUUCUUGAAUGCCUGUUGUCUUGAGAGAGAGAGAGUGAGUGUAAUUGUAUGCGUGUGACAAGCCUGCUGGAAGUGUGGUCAUUCUGUGACGUAUUACUUGUUGGCAUGGAUUGAAAUAAUCAAAUGUAAAACAUGACAAAGCGAGUGCAUUAAAAACAUGUACACUUUCAUGUUUCCUUAUGUUUGCAUGGUCCACACUUUGACUGUUAUAAUGAAGCAGUUUCAUUUUUUCUUGACAUUUUACAUUUUUAAACAUUAAAUUGGUUACUUGAUUUUAACACAUCCAAGUCAAUGAUUCAGUUUACAUCUUCAUUUCACAAACGUUUACAGGCUUUUCACAAAUACAGACUGCAUAUUAGUGAGGGUUAAAUUCAAGGCUGUCAGGUAUUUUUGCAUUGGAUAUCAGGUAGCAGUGUAUUUGUCAUGAAUUACAGUCAGUGUAAUGGAAAUAUGCAUUGAGAUAAAUUAAAAGGUUAUUGUCUAACAUACCUGAAGGACAAGUGCAUAUAAAGCAUCAGUGCUCAAAUUGAAGUUAAAAAUAUUCUUGUAAAAUACAAUUUGUUCAAAUAUAUUCAGUUUUUGUGUGAGGCACAUAGACUAAAAUGUUUUUUUUAUUCAUCUGUUUCAGGCACAUGUCAAGCACACAUUUGGCAUUGUUUGUAAUAUACAAAUAAACAAAGGUUUCUCCUCAUAGGCUUUGGCCAGCAGUACAAACCAUCAUCCCUUUGAAUGUUUUUAACAUUAAUUCUUUACAGGUGACUAUGAAUAAAUGUAAGGACUACAGAAUAUAUUUUCUACAGAUACUUUAUCCUCUUUGUUGUUUGGGGGUUGUUAGUAUAGAUUAUGUAUUGUUUAUGGUGUAAAUACACUGCUUUGUAUCGUUUCGUUUUAGGUUAUCAUCAAGUCCCGAUUAUGUCUUUUAUUUUUAGGCAAAAGCAUGUGUUUCUUUUUCUAUUUUUUCCCUUCUACGAGAAUGUCCAUUUCUAAUGUAUAAAACAAUAAAAGUGCCAAUAUGUUAAAAUUUGAAA